AUAUAUAUAUAUAUUAAAAAAAAGAAGGUAAAAGAAGAGAAAAGAAAACAGCUGGUAAAGAAAGAACGAAAACUUAUCUGUCUUCCCUUUUUGCAUAAUUCGACUCUCUCACACUGAUCUUCCAUUAAUGGCUUCUUGAUCAGAGCUGUUGACGGGGAACCUUAUCAGAUCAUAUGAAGUGCUCACUUUGUUGGCUAGGUUCUUUGGCGGACGAUUUACAUGCACUCUUACCAAACAAAAUUCUCAGAGGAUUAAUCGAGGUGAGUGAAACGCGAUUUAAUUCUCAGCUAAAGCUUUUCAUCUGUUAUCACAUGCGACCUGCAAGCUGGGAAACAGAGAACAAAGAUUACUAUGGCAGAAGGAGAAGAGCUUAUUGAGCUUAAAUUCUGCACUAACGAUGGAACAGAUGUGGCACACGGUACCUACGCAUUAUCCACGAAUGUUGCAACUCUUAAGCAAAAAAUGGUUGCUGAGUGGCCCCAAGGCAAAACAGUCACACCGAAGUCAAUAAAUGAUUUGAAAAUUAUACAUGCUGGUAAAGUUCUGGAAAACAACAAAACACUAGCUGGUUCCAGGAUAACGUUUGGUGACCUUCCUGCUGGUGUUAUUACCAUGCACGUAAUAGUGCACCCUGCUAUAGCAAAAAAUAAGUCGGGUAAGAGCAAGGAAGAUAUGCAGAAGCUGAAUUCAUGCGGUUGUAUUAUUCUUUAGAAUGUAAAUAUGCUCGGUAGUUGUCAACUGUCAUUAAAUAUAGAUAAUUUUUCCCUCACAUAUGUAGGCGUUAGUUGCUUUUGAAAUGGUGUUCGUCUGUAUACUGGUUGGCCUGCUUACUAUGAUAUCUUUGGUUAUGUGUUCCUUAAUCCUUGUGCAAGUGUAUAACCAUCCUACAAUAGUAAACAUGUUCUGCAAGAAGAAAA